GUUCCACGUUCAAGAUCCCCUUUUUCCUGCCCUCACAAGAUAGAAAAAACUGAAAACAAAACCCAGAUCCACACACUCACACAGAGACAGUGAGCACUCUGUCGGAGAGAGAGAGCAGCGUCCCUUCCCACAAAACACAAAAAUGGGUGUUUUCCUUAACCUGAUAGACGCCAUACUCUUCUUCUUCUUCACCAUCAUCGCAAUCUGCGCUCCGCUUAUCGACUCACAGAAUUGCCUUCCGACCCACCUGUACCCAAAAGUUCUCGUCGAUCUCAACACCUGGUACUCGCGCGAGUACGGUGACUACUUAGUCGAGGAGAAGCCCAAUUUCUUCAUGGGUCUGGUCUGGCUCGAGCUCCUCUUCCAGUGGCCCCUCUCUCUCCUCAAUAUGUACGCCAUUUUGGGGGGCAAGUCUUGGUUUCGCACCACGUGUUUGGUCUUUGGCGUCUCCACUUUCACCUCCAUGGUUGCUAUAUUAUCAGAAAUGUUGGGGUCCCAGAAGGCAUCAGAUAAGCUGUUGAUGAUAUACUUCCCUUUCAUGGGUUUCGCGGUUUUAGCCAUUUUGCGAGGCCUUCUACCAUACUCUGGCAAGACCAAAGCAGCUGGAAGAAGACCAGGAUUGACUAAGAAAAGGGUUUGAGAUCUCUUAACUCUGGGAUAGGAUUUUGUGUUUCUUUCUCUUAUUUUCAGAGGCUUUUGAUUUGACUUUUUCUGUAUGCUGAGAUUCUGCUUGUACCUGUUUUUGUUGCUUAUGAAUGACGUUGAUUUUUCCCACUGUUAAAUCAGACCGAAAAACUUCUGAAAAUGCUGGUUUAUCUUGACGUAAUGAAGUUGACAAGCAUUUGUGGGCA